AUAGUGGCAUGUUAUUGCUUGUAGUAGCAACACAGAAACACACACACAAUAGUGCCUUGUGUCAUUCCUUACGCGUUAUUAAAUAUACAACUGUGGUUCAUUCGUUUGUUUAUCGCUCGUGCAGGAAUGGCGGAACAGAUCACGAGAGAAGAUGCGUUGACACGGGAGGGCCACAGACACGCGUGUCACAUUAUGUUGUACGGAGACUCUAGUGCCAAACUCUUCGGGAAAAUCCCAAUCAAACAUAUAGUACUGAUGCAGAUGCGUUUUGAUGGCUUGCUCGGUUUCCCAGGGGGAUUGGUGAACCCGUCUGAGGAGACGCUGGAGGCGGGGCUUAUCAGAGAGCUCCACGAGGAAGUGGGCGUGGCUGUGCCUGUGGGCGUGGACAAUCACGUGUCCUCUUGCCUUUCUCCAUCCUGUCCUCGGCUCAUCACACACUUCUACAUCAAGAAGAUGGCAGAGCCAGAGCUGAAAGAGCUAGAGAGAGCAGCUGUAGCUACAGCCACAGACCAUGGUUUAGAGGUGUUAGGUAUGGUCAGAGUGCCGCUCUACUUUCUCAAGAAUGGAGGUGGUCUCCCUUAUUUCCUGUCCCACUCGUUCAUCAGUAACUCUCGGGCCCAGCUGCUCUCUGCCCUGCAGAGCUGCGGGCUGUUGUCCCAGGGGGAGCUGGAGAAGGCUGUGAGACAGGCUCAGCAGAUGAGACGCACACACAGUGGUGAUCCACACUGACAUCAGUUUACACAGCGGUGUCUUUUCACCCCUGGGCCACAGCUACAUCAUUAGCCCAACCCCCCAUUGCCUGUAGAAACUCCCUCUUGUCCUCACCCUACCCUCCGUUCCUGAUUCAUCCAUAUACAGCAUGUACUAUCUGUAGAUAUCCUGUGUCACAGAGGUUCAAAGCUGUUUAAAAUGCCUUAACUGUUAAUCAAAAUUGUACUAACAAAGUGAGACUACAUUCACUUAAGGGGAAAUGUUAUUAUUUGGAAGUAUCUUUAUGUCCAUAUUUGGACAUACCCUGGGAUGUUGCAAUAAUUAUACCUCAUAACAAUUAAAUUUGUUGUUAAUAUGAACCCAUAUAAUUUGCAUAUGCAAAUGCAUAAUAUAUUAUAUUAUUUAUGAAGAGUAAGAAUCCAAUAUGCCAUACUUUUUGUCGAAUUUAUCAGAUCUGUUUAUGAGAGUUAGUUAUUUGCAAGAGAAAUUGGGCGUGCUGGUUUGACUAGUAAACAGAAGACCGCAUAUAAGACUUCGGUUUCGGAGGUUUUUCGCAAACUUGUAUCAAAGCUAAGGUUUUAAUCACAGCACACUUGCAGUACUUAAAAAUGACCACAGAGUUGCGCUGCCAGACUUCCCCUUAUUAUCAGCUUUAUAAUUUUAAAGUUACAGUGUGUAAUUUCAGAGUCACUUGUUUCAAUUGUAAUAAUAUUUAACGGAAUUGUUUUUCUAAUCUGCCAUUGGUUAGCAAACAGACAGUCCCGUCAUAAACUCAUGGCAUUGGUUGCACCAGUGUUGCAGAUCUAGGAAUUCACCGCUAGCAUGAUGGGCUUUAAUAAAAAUUGUCUGUCUGUACAGUAGAAAUGCAAUUAAAGAAAAAUCCGUUUUCACAAAAGCCCUGAAGGCGACAAAAAAUGGGAAUUUCUUGGUGCAAGUUACACAGAAAACAAUUGUUCAUAUACUACAGACACUGUAACAUUACAAAUUGUCAAACUUACCCUUUAACAAUUUUAUUUAUUCUAAGUAUUUACUAUGUUAUAUAUAUCUAUAUAAAAGUAAAGGGUCUAAAUGUUUAAGAUCAGUCUCUUAUUGAAAAUGUUUCUAGUUUGCUUUGUUCCCAUUCAAUCUGUACUUUUUAUUACAAACUAUAUUAAGUAUUGUAGUGAACUAAAAAUAAUCCUAGUAUUUGCUUUGUUCCUCUUUUGCUUUAAUGGCAGCAGCACUCAAAUUUCAUGAACUCUACAGGUAUGUGUGAAACCUGAACAUCGUGUUCUCUAGCAUGAUUUGAAAAUAAUCUAAAGAGCAUUUUGAGAUUCAGUUGAAGCAAAAUAUCUGUUCAAAAAGUCACUUGAUUCAAUGCCAACAAUUUCCUUAAACAUUAAUUAAAAUAUUUCCCAUUUAUUAACUUUUCUGGUUUAAUAUUUUUUAAAUAAACGUCCUUUUUAUGAUUGAUUCUGAAUCUCAGCAUCGACUGUGGUUUCAGAGAUUUGAACCCCACUUUGUGAUCUAUGCACACGUGUCUAUGUGGUCUGUUUAUGUCGUUGCUACAUUCUGCAGUCCAUCAGCAUCUCUGAACAGCAGCUUUGAUGAUGUGUUCAUCAGACCACAGCAGGUGAAAUCAGCUUUGUAAUCACCACUCAGCAUUCGUUUGCAUCGCUGCAUGUGCAGUUUUGAGUGUGUGAGCCUAUGAGUACGCAUAUGAAGCCAUAGACAUGAAGUAGGUCAAAGCUGUGAGGACUGACUGACCAAGUGGAAACUGAACUGUCCUUAGGGAGGACGGGCCGGGGUAGUAAGGCUUGAUGCAGGAAGAGGAGCAAGUGUAGAACCAAUGGUAUCAGAGGCAGCAAUAACAAACUGCUUACAUGUUUGCUACAUGCUGGGCCAUAUAAAUCGCUUCUCGUAUUGCACAAAUCUGACAACCUGCUAUAAUGUUUCCAAGUCACAUCAUGGCUUCCCCCCAGCCACCCACACAGUGGAGUCGCCUUUCCAAGCACUCAUGGGUGGGGUGAUGCUUCCCGUAGACCAUUCAUUUGCCACAAGGGAACUGGAGCAUGUGCAACAAUCCUUAUCACAGCUUUUAUAUCCAUGAUUUUGUAAGUCUUUACUGACCAACUACACACAUAUAGUUUAUGUUCACUGGAUGCAUAUACGGUUUUAUUAUAUGUGCACUCUGUUUAAUAGUGCUGCCGCUGCACUGGAUUUCUCUUUAGGGAUCAAUAAUCAUCACUCUUUUUAUAUGUGGUGAGAUUGGGCGGCACUGCAGCUGUAGAUGUUUUGUUCAGCUGUGUGUGCUUCUGUCUGGUUUCAUAUGUAAAUAUAUAUUGUGUGUGUGUGUGUUUUAUAUUAUAGGAUUUAAGAGGCUUAAUUUCUCUUUAUUUGUCACAUCCUGAGGAUUUUAUAGUAAGAGAAAGAGAGAACACAGGCUUAACACGAGAGAGGAAGGAAACAAGCACAGGAAAGAUGGGGGAGGUGAAGGGUUUGAAAUUCUCUGUGCACCUUACAAAACUCAAGAUAGGCAUCUUACUGUACAGUUGGCCAGAAAUAUUGAAUUAUUCAUAUUUAACCACAAAAUGUAAACCAUUACAUUGCUACAUUUACAGGUACAUCUCAAUAAAUCAGAGUGUG